UAUUAGUCGGACCUUUACUAUAAGAGACAUCCAAUAAUAGGGCACUAUAAGAUAAAUAUCUUUUUUUAGGUUUUGUUACCCAUAGGGGGGAAUAACAGCCUAAGCAAUACCCAUUAGAGAUGGGACGGGUCGAGAAAAAAGUCGGGUCGGGUUUUCAAAAUUUUUUUCGGAUCGGGUUUCAGGUCGGAAAAAAGUCUGGGUCUCAGGUCGGGUUUCGGAUAACCCGUCCCAUUCCUGAUAUCUAUACCCUGAUGUCAUGGGUUGCCCGAUGCCACGGAUUUCGACCCAAAGUUUUUCGAUCUGAGGAAAAUUUUGGAAAUCCUGGCCCGUAUUUUUUUCACUCCGUGACAUCCCCAUCCAUACUGCAAGAUAACUCUAGAUACAAUUUUGUAGUCCCAAGGAGGUAUUUUAUUGAGAUUCUCAACAAUUUGGAAAAAAGGCAGUCUGCUGACAACAAAAAACCUUUAGACGAAAAUUGUGCUACUCAUUUAAUUAGAAAUGCAUUGGGUGGUGUUUCUGGAGAUGUAGAAUUGCAAUAUGCGAGAUUAGAGGAAAUGUUAAUGUUACCCCCUGGAAUGGCUAGACACUACAGGGAUGACAUAACGGUUGUUGUAAUCCAAUUUAAUGAAAAAUAUUUAUUAGAAGACCACGAAGAUGAUGGUGGUCAUUUUUGA